AUGUACAAAUCUAAAAUCGAAGAACUUGAAUUACAAAAUGCAGAACUCUCUAAAAUCAGUGACAAAAGUUAUUCAGAAGAUUUGACGAACAAAGAAAAAUUAACAACAGUUUUAGAUGAACUUGAAAAAGUUACAUCAGAAAAGAAAUCAUUAGAACUUGAAUUAACAAAAUGCAAGAAAGAACUUUCAGGCAUUAUUGAACAAGCACACGAUGAUGUCCAUAAACUUAUUGAUAAACUUAACCGUGAGAAAUCUAAAACAUCAAUUUACAAAUCUCGUGCUCUUUCAGCCGAAUCAAAGAACAACGAUGUCAUCAUUGAAGUUCGAAAGCGAACAGAUUCAUUGGCAUCACAAUAUGGCACAUCCAUUGUUGCAUUGCAUAAUGACUUGAAACAAGAACGAGAGAAAGUCACAAAUAUUAACAAAGAGAAAGAUAUAUUAAGUGACGAAAACAUUCGACUUAAAACAGAAAUCUCUAAAUUGAAAGUUCAAUUGCGAACAUUAACAAUCAAUAACGAAGACUUGAAGACGAAUCUUGAAACAGAACGUUCAAACAACUCAGCCAAGAUUGCAUCUCUCAAUAUUUCAACAUCAUCAAAGAUUGAUGGUUAUAACAAGUCAUUUUCAGAUCUUAGAAACAAGUUCAGAGAAGGAAUUGCAAAAAUCUCUGGUUUCGAUAUCAAGAGUUUACCAGAAGAUGACGACGAAUUAAUUGAUAGUGCAUACAGAUUUGUCAACGAAAUUAUGAAUUCAGAAACAGCGAAAGUAACACAGGAUGCUUUAUACCUCAGAAAAGUUUUACGUAUUGAAGGAACAGACAAACAUCUUUCAGAUGUAUUUUCAGACAUGAGAUCUAAAAUUGCAAAGCUCGAUGACAAGUGCAGUGCAAUUCAAUCAGAGAAUGAGAGAAUACAGACACAGACAGAGAGAACUAUGAGAGACAACGAACGUCUUCAGUCAUCACAGGAAGAACUCCUUGAAUGGAGUAGAUGGGGAAUGUCUUUGUUCAGACAGAUAUCAGACAUGUCUCCACAAGGACAGAAAGACAAAGACAUAAGAUUGACAAUCGAGGAACAGUUCAUUGGUGAUCUCGGUUUCGGUUCAUUGAGAAGCAAACUCUCAAUUUUGAGGAGUGAGAAACAAUUCUUGCUCUCUCACUCGAUUCCUGGAUCAUCAAAAACAAAUACAAAUUCGAUAAGACCUGUUGCAAUGGUAAUCGUGUUUUCAAACAUUUUACAAGGACUCUCUGGAACUCAAAAGUCUACGAUAUUAAUCAAGGAGAAGAAACCUGCUCCAAAAUUGUAA